AUGUUCUUACUGGCAGACGCGUAUGAGAAGAGGAAGAUGAAGGAGGAAACAAAUUUGCCUCAAUGGCUGCGUUUCAGGCGCCUUGAUGGCUUCUUUCAUGGUAUCAAGACUCUAGUGCCAGUAGAAAACCACAAGCCAGAAUAUCCAAGGAGGGAUGAACAGCACAAAACUUUACCUUUUACAGCCAGCCUCUCAAGAACACAUACUCCCACGGCGUAUGUCCCACAGCCGGACUACAAGUCAUCCAGAUAUGUGAGCAAGUAUCACGAUGUCAAGCCGUGUUACCUCGACAAAGAGGAGACAAUACCUGUUCCCAAUGUCCUUGCGUACAACGGUCUUCCACAGGGGCUACCGGAGCCUGUCAUCGGUUCACACAAGCUCUUUGGCUUAAGGGAUGAUAUUUGUUUUGACAGAUUCGGCAGAUACGGGCCAUAUGGUUUAGGCUACAGCUACGACGAUGGCGGCCUGGAUGUGGGAAUGGAUACCGAGAAAAACGGAAGCGACAUUGUGUGGGCCAGAACGGGCAAGAUUGACUACAGCAACGUCGAUUGGGGUAACGCUCAGAGCCGGUGUCUCGAAGUCAACAAAGAGCGGUUCGGUGAAGGUCCCGGUAACACCGCAAGUGCUCCCACGGGAGAAAUGGAGAAGGAUCAGAAACCAGUUUUCCAGCAACAUAAGCGCAAAAAGAUUGCUCGCACGGCGAUUGUAGUACGGUUGUAUGUCGGAUUUCCCUGGACGGAACACGCAAUCCUCAACUUCCGUGCAAUGAUUUCCGAAGUUUCGCUACAAUCAGGAGGCGAGUACACGGUGCACUUCCUUCUUCAUGUUCUGGAUAACGACGAGCCCAUCUGGGCAGAUCCGAAGGCUGUCCAAAAGGUGUUGGAUGACAACGUGCCCCCGGAAUUCCACAGCCUCUGUACGUUGUGGUCUGAAGACCAAAUGCGUCUCUACUAUCCAGGUCCUUUCGCCCGGUCGUUCACCAACCCAAGCUUUAGCAGCAUCCACGGCGUCUACCGCAGUGCUCAUUUCCCGCUCCAACACUUUGCCCAGACACACCCGGAGUACGACCACUUCUGGAACUGGGAGAUGGACAUGCGGUGGAUAGGUAAUUACUACGAGUUCUUUGAUCGUCUCGGCAUUUGGGCCAAGAAACAGUCUCGUCACGAAAUGUGGGAGCGUUCAGAGCGAUACUACAUCCCGCACUAUCACGGCAGCUGGGACAACUUCACCCAACUCGUUCACAACCAGACUGUUGCCAGUGGCCAUGGCCCGGUUAUGGGUCCCGUCCACUAUCCCGGACGCUUGAGACUCCGUUCUGAGAAGCGUGGCGUGUCCUUCCUUCCCCCAACCUGCCCCAAGAACGCUGUCACUAUUGUGAACCCGCGUCCAUAUGCGAACCGACCACCAAAGGCACAAGCACAAGCACAAGCACAAGCACAAGCACAUCGUCACCACCAUCAUCACCCACCUCGCGCGGGCUCCCCCGACGACGACCUCGAAGCCACCACAACCACCACACCCCCCGUCCCCGAAGACCUCACAACCUGCGGUAUCGACGAAGACGCCGACCUCAUCACCCUCAACCCCAUCUUCGACGCCGAAUCCUCCGGCUGGGUCUAUCACCUCGACAUAACCGGCUACGACCGCUCGCACCCCCCUCCGCCGCGGCGCGCCUCCAUCAUCACCGCCUCCCGCCUCUCGCGCCGUCUACUCAACGUGAUGCACGAAGAAACCCACCGGUUCCACCACGUCAUGUUCACCGAGAUGUUCCCGGCCACCAUGGCCCUCCACCACGGUCUUAAAGCCGUCUACGCGCCCCAUCCCGUAUACCUGGACCGCCAAUGGGAUCUCGAAGCCAUUGGUCGGACGUUCAACGGCGGACGCGACCAUACCACCAGCGGCAAAGGAAGUCCGUAUCAGUACCAGAAUGAGUACCAUCAUAAGGGGAGCACGUGGUAUUAUGAUGCGCAGUUUGCGGGGACGGUUUGGAGACGGUGGCUUGGGUACGCGCAGGUAGAGGGACCGGCGGGAGGGGAGAAGGGGGAGAAGGCGACGAGUAGUGGGGAGACGGGCGGGAGGUUGAGGGGUGGUAGGAAGGAGGAGGAAGAAGGGACGGGGAGGAUGUGUUUGAGGAGUAUGUUGGUGCAUCCGAUCAAGUGGGAGGAUCCGGGGGAGUUGGCUUGGGGGAAGUGA